AUGCAACCACCUUCGUCGUCGAACCCUCGUAAGCUGCCCUUUUAGCUUACUUAGUGAUGCAGCUUAUUUACUGGUCUGGGAUUUUCGCCGGUGAUGGUUUCUCUCUCUCGUGAUGAGAGAAAGCAGUUUGGUUUGUUCUUUAUAAUUUUGUUGUUUUUCUUCCUUCUAAGAGACAAGGUUGGCCUGUGCCAUAGAGAUGAUCAGAUUCGUCCCUUCCUUCCUAGAUUCCCCAACUGUUCUCCUCUUGGUGAUCAGACCCGCGAAUAUAUUGUUAAGUUUCUUAAAGAAACCAUGGUCCAUUCAUCUUCAUGUCUGGUACUCAGCCCACUGAAUUGCCUUCUGCUGUCAUCGCAACCCAGUCUGCAAUUGCUGCCUUUGGAAGCCUUCACUGGGGCUAAAAAGGGAAAAUUUUCCGGUCUCGAAAAUGAUUUCAAAAGAGCCCCUGGCUGUCUAAAACGGUAGGGAGGAUGUCUAACUCACUGGGAUCUUGCUGUAAUUAACAGGAAACGGUCGCAGUUAUUGCUCAUGGAUCCAGGAGACAAUGGAGGGCAAGAACUUUGGGGGUCUCCCUUUUUGGCUCCUGGAUUCUCCAAUGCCUCUUUAAUUUCUCUUUCUUUUUUUAGGGUUUAGGACCUGAGCAUCUGGCUACUACUUUGACUUCAUUGCCCAUGAGGGUACUCUCAACGUUUCUUGACAAAAGAUGGGGUUGAUAUCAUGUCCUAAGUAUUAUUAUGCCCUAAGAAGUAUUAAAUACGUAGCUUGACAUGGAGACAGGAGAGGCGCUUGAUUUGCACCCAUUAUCAAACACUAAUUUUGUUCGGAUGGGUAUCACAACUUCCUGGGAUCAUUGGUUCUUUUGAAGUACAUGAUGGUCGAGAAGGGUCAUUAAAUAUUUAACCAUAAUAUGAUAUCUUCGAAAACCAAGGUACAUGGUCUAAUUUAUAUCUUCGAAAACCCAUAUUUGGUAAUUAAAUAUUUAACCAUAAUAUGAUAUUAAACCAAGGUACUUGGAUUUUCUUUCCACAUUUGAGGAUGGUCUCUCUCCCCAUUCCCCAAGGAAUAAGUGUGACUAUCAUAUCGUUCACUACCCUUAGAUUCUCAAUCAAUUAUCAAUAAUCUUUGAUGCAGUGAAUCUUUUGUUAGAUGCCCAACUUCAAGCAUCCAUUUGGCCUGUUAAUUGUAUAUUUCUUGAUGCAAAGUUUUUUUUCUCUAUUAUCUCAAUUAUUUUCCUACAUUACCAUCUCGAUUUGAUGUUUCUCUUCAGUCGAUAUUAUACCAUUUUAUUUGCUUUUUAAACAUAAUAUAGGCCCAGAGGAUAAAUUCAUGCACAAAAAUCGUCUACAAGAGCAUGCUCAAAGAUCUGAGAUCCCACUGCCACUAUAUCAAACAAUCAAUGAAGGAACACCACACGCUCCGCAGUUCAGAUCAUCAGUCACAAUUGAUGGAGUUACAUUCCAAACAUCUCAGACAUUUUCUCAGCGGAAGGAAGCUGAGCAAAAUGUGGCUAAGGUGGCUCUUGAAGGUUUAUCCAGAAAGAUAGAGCAACAGGGGUGCCCCUUAAUUAGUUCUGUAUGUUUUUCAUCCCUCCCUACUCUACUAAAUAUGCAACUAUUUUUCUGAUAAGCUUUGUUCGACUUGUUCAUUGAAUUCUCCCCCUUGCGUCUUUUACUUGAAAUUUCUUUCUAUUUAGACGUGGUUCCUAUAUUUUAUUUUAUUUUAUUUUAUUUUUGGAUGUUACUGAAACCUGUUUAUUUGUUGUUUAAAUAAGAGGUUCAUAACUUUUUUUUGGGAAAUCCAAUUUCUGGAGUUGGUGGAAGACUGUGCCAAGAUAUUUUCACUAUGAUCACUCCACAAUAAUUGGAAGCUAAGAACUAUAGAACCGUGUUGAUUAUUUUGACGUGAGAUCAUUAAAUCCGGUUCUGAGAAUCGCAUUUUAUGUUCCCCCACACAAAAACCUUGGAGCCUAAAUUGAUUGAAAAGGUGUCACUUUAUUGCAACUGAUUUUAUUUUUUUUCUUCAACUUUUUUGUUCUAAGAACUGUGUCUGCAUUGAGUUUUCUAACCAGUGUUCAAUAGAUUAUCAUAAGAUUUAAGGAUUUUUAUAUUCUUAAGGCUACUAACAUUUCGUCGAAGGUUUAUUUAUUUGAUGCCAUUAAAUACCCCUCCAAUCAUUAAUUCUUAAGGCUACUAACAUCUCUUGUUGUUUCAAAAAAGAUAACAAAAGAAUUCUUCAAAAUUCUGAUCCUGUCCCCUAUAUCAGACACUUAUCAAUUGUACCAGUCAUUACAUCCACUAUCUUGGACUCUCUCUCUCUCUCUCUCUCUCUCUCUCUCUCUCUCUCUCUCUCUCUCUCUCUCUCUCUCUCUCUCUCUCUCAAUUGCUUAUUGGCUCACACGCUAUAUCUCCCCCCAGGACGCGACAUUUUGCAAAUCUAUUCUGGAGGAAUAUGCAGUAAAGAUGAACUUAGAGCGGCCGGCCUAUACCUGCUCCCAGUUAGAAGGACUUCUUCCCACAUUCACCUCCUCUGUGCUUUUUGCCGGAAGAGUACACAAGGGCAGCAUCGGAAGGAACAAGAAAGAAGCCCAGCAGCUGGCUGCACGCGCUGUUGUUGAGUCAAUUUUAGGUCAACUCUUUCUAUUCUCUGUUUAUUUUCUUGAAUAUACUCAAAGUCUAUGCAUAGCUUUGACCUACCCUUUGAUUUCUUUUCUUUUUUUUUUUGAAGGUGAUGGCGACUCGCAGAAGAGGAUUCUCAUGUCUCAGAUCAUUAGAUCAAAAGUAAAACUUUUUGCUACCCUCAGCCAAAUUAGGCAAAGUUCUGAAGCACCUCCUUCCCCUCUCGAGGUGGGGGUGCAGCCCAAGGAAGAACAGGUGGAUCCCCGUGAGCCACAAGAGGGUCCUCAGACAGGACAGGUCAUCCUGAGCUGCCAAAUCAUCCCUGAUGAUUCUCAUCCCAGAGUCUUGGGCCCAGUCAAGAGCGAGAGCUGCUUUGGACUGGCCCACUGUACCAAAGUCAAACCUUUGACCCCCUCCCCAUUAGGUCCAUCCAGUGGAGCUGAAGGGGCUUCCUCGAGCUGCACCAGAGAGCGGUCAAAGGAGCGUGUAGGGAGACUCAAGGUGCCCAGAUCCAAGAAAUAUAGAACUUGUGAGCCGUAAGUUAAUUUCUCUGUGUAAUGGUUUUCUUCCCGAAUGCUCUGACCUGGGCUUCUGUCAUUGUCGGUUGCAUUUCUCAGGCUUGUGGCAUUGUUCUCAGUAUCCACACGUUGAAAAUUUUGAGAAAUUAUGGACUGUGGAUGCAUCUAUGCUUCUUUAUUUCCUCGAAGAAAUACUGUAUAUAAUCUUUCUUCUUCUUUCUUAACCCGAUUGGGAUUAUUCCCCAUUUUUUUAGCUGGAACCAAUUAUUUAAUCAUUUUCCUAUGGAAUCGUCCAGCAUUAUGCUAUAUACCGAGAUGGGUCUUUCUCCUUAUGUCUCUCCCAUUACUGAGGAGACCCUUGCAGGCCUGAGAUGGAACCCAAGGGCCCACUUGAGCUCUGGUCAAACUCUGCGUCUUGAAGAUGGGAAAGUGAGUCCACUUGUUGGGUAGACUUUCCGAGUUUCUUGGUGUCAUGGCCGCGGUCAACACCUAUCAAUCUUCGUCAAACAUGUCAUUAUGUGUGA